AUCUACCAUAAGUAUUCCAACAACAACCAGAAGCCAUUUUUCCUUGAAAACAAAUGAAAAUAAAUUUUGAAAUUUUCUUUUCGCGGCGGUUUUACAAUUGGCCAUAGCUCUGCCUCCUAAGUUCUCAGAAUAAAAUCGAUGCAAUAUGGAAAGUCACUAUAAGGCAUUAAACAAGGAAUUGGUGGAAGAGGUCCGGUCAAUGAGGACGGUCAUGUCGGAAUAUCAUACUGAGAUAGUUCGUCUGAAAGCACAAUUGUUUGAGGCGGAGACAACUGUUAUCAAAAUGAAAACAAGAUGCUCUUCACUUUUGAAAACCUUCUUCCAAGAUCAGUUGGAAAUUUUAGACCCCGAAUCUCCUCUGUUGGCAUAUUUUAAAAAUGGGGCCCAGCCAGUACCCAGUGGUAGGCAAAGUACACUUUUGGCGGAACAGGCAAGACGGUCCAGUUCUGUGAUUCAAACCCCUAGAUCUUUUAACUCUACAUCGCCAGUUCGUUCUCCAGCUGAGGUACAAGAAAUACAGGAAGAAAGUCGAAAUGAGGAAGAAAUGGGAAUAAUUAUGGAAGAAAUUGAAAGUGGACCCAAUCCAGACACUGAAGAAUUCAUUACCGAGACAACGCAGAGAGAUAUAAGUGAAUACAUGGCGAACAUGUCGUUGGCCUGCACCGCUGACACUACUAACGACACGAACGACAAUGAGGCAGAGGCUACAACGCCAGAUGUUCAGGCUUUGGGAGAUGUGACGAAUACAAUAAAUCAAUCAACAAAUAGAGUUGGGUCGUCACCAAAACGGAGAGAACAUGUUACUGUAGCCAGAGGCAGAUAUAGAGAACCGCCAGGUACGCAAAACCAUAUUGAGAAUGAUACUGAAGUUGAUGAAGAACGACACUACACACGUUCAGGGAAAGUGUAUUCAUUCUCAUCGUCCUUGCCGAUGUUCUCUAAUGACUGUGAAAGCGAUCGAAGUGCUACACAGGAUAUUUUCUUAAAUGGUUCAGCAACUGAGAAUUUUCUUGAAGAAAACAGCAGUACUCCAAAUACCAAGGAGAAGUCAUUGAGCAGGCCACAAAGAAAAUGCAAACCAAAAUCGCUGAAAGAAAUGUCAUUACAUUCUAAGCUAAGAAGAGCAUGAUAUGUUGACGUAUACAAAAAGACUUGCAAUUUUAUAGUUUUUAUUGGCUUUUUAUUUUUAUUUGUUUUCAAUGUUGUUAGUCGACUUUAUUGUAAUAUGCCCCACAAAUAUAGUUUUAAAUGUACACUAGUAAA